GAUUUAUUUGUCAAAACCCCAAAAAGGAAAAACAGAAACGUAUGUCGUCGCCUUUGUUUCUCUCCCUAUUUCGCUAUUUUCGCUCGCGUUACGUUACUCUGAUCCUUAUCUGCUAAAUUCGACUCUUUUUUUUCACCGUUUUUUCCUUCUUCUAGAUUUUGAUAUAUUGCUGCGGAGAACUUGAUUUCCAAUUGAUCUCGACAACCUUCACAACUGUGAAUUCUUUGCUUCCAAAGUCGGUUCUUUGGCAAGGUGGUACAGAUCUUCGUGAUUAUUAUUGCUAGUAUCUGGUUGGUGGAUUUCUCGUCAUUCCUAAUAUAUUUGUUUGAUUUUAUCAUUCACAUAGAUUAAUGAAUGAUUGAUUUCAUCUUUAUUUGUCUAAUCUGAGUUUGGAUGGGAAAAGAUUGCAAUCCGUUUAGCUCCAGUUUGUCAGAAUCUCUCUCUCUCUCGAUAGUAUCCUGCUCAUCAUCUUACAUUUGCAUUUUCAUGAUAUUUUUUGCAUCAUGACAGGUGAUAAUCGCCCUUGAGAUGAUAGCCUAGAAAUCCAGUAUCCAUGGAUAAUUUGCCAGACCUGGUAGCUUGGGACAUAUUGGAGAGGAUAGACACUACUGCAGAUAAAAGUGCUGUAUCUCUAACUUGUAAACGCCUCCACGAAUUGGACAAUGUGCAACGGAAAUCUAUCCGUGUUGGCUGUGGCUUGCGUCCUGCCAAUGAGGCAUUGGUCUCUCUCUGCAACAGGUUUCAGAACUUGGAGAAAGUUGAGAUCUCUUACUCGGGUUGGAUGUCCAAGUUAGGGAAACAGUUGGAUGAUCAAGGUCUUUAUAAUCUCUCCAUAAGCUGUCCUCUUCUCGCUGAUCUUACCUUAAGUUAUUGCACUUUUAUCACUGAUGCUGGUGUGAGUCACUUGGCUUCCUGCUCUCAUCUCUCCUCCUUGAAGUUGAUCUUCACUCCAAGAAUAAGUGGAUGUGGGAUACUGUCGGUGGUGGUGGGAUGUAAAAAGCUCGCGUUGCUGCACCUUAUUCGUUGUCUCAAUAUUACCAGAAUGGAAUGGCUGGAGUAUCUUGGUAAGCUUGAAACGCUUGAAGAUCUUUGCAUCAAGAAUUGCAGGGCUAUCGGAGAAGGUGAUCUCAUUAAACUAGGGCAAAGUUGGCAAAGAUUGAAACGGCUGCAAUUUGAGGUGGAUGCUAACUAUCGUUACAUGAAAGUUUAUGACCGGCUAGCAGUGGACCAGUGGCAGAAGCAGUCUGUUCCAUGUGACAGGAUGACCGAACUCAGAUUGGUGAACGGUGUCAUCAGCCCUGGGAGAGGUCUUGCCUGCGUCUUGGGGAAAUGCCGGAACUUGGAAAAGAUUCACUUGGACAUGUGUGUCGGGGUGAGAGAUUCGGACGUUAUAGGGUUGGCCCGCAGCUCAGGCAGCAACCUCCGGUCCAUCUCACUCCGAGUGCCAUCAGAUUUCUCAUUCCCUUUCCUGAUGAACAAUCCCAUAAAGCUAACAGACGAAUGCCUAGUAGCAUUGGCUCAGAACUGCACGCGCCUGGAGUCCAUGAGAUUGUCUUUCUCUGAUGGCGACUUCCCUUCCAUUUCCUCAUUCACUCUGCAGGGGAUCCUAAGGUUGGUGCUCAAGUGCCCAAUGAGGGAGCUUGCUCUGGAUCAUGUGUACUCGUUUGACGACGUGGGGAUGCAAGCUCUUUGUAGAGCAGAGCAUCUUGAAACGGUGGAGCUGUCGAGGUGCCAGGAGAUUACUGAUGAGGGGCUGCAGCUUGCAGCACAGUUUCCUCAGCUGCUAGUCUUGAAGCUCAGCAAAUGCCUCGGGGUAAGCGAUGACGGAUUGAGGCCGCUAGUCGGGUCGGGUAAGUUGAAGGUUUUGGCAGUGGAUGAUUGUCCUCAGAUAUCUCAGAGAGGCGUUCAAGGAGCUGCGGAUUCGGUUUCUUUUAAGCAGGACCUCUCAUGGAUGUAUUAGUUUAGUUUUAGUCUUUUCUUUAUCUUUAGGAUAUUUUCUGAGUGCUAUUUUACCUAGUAUUUUUUACAUCUAGUUUUUCUUGCAAACUCGACAACUCCAAAUUUGGAUGAUUGUUAUCUAAAUCAGGCAUAAAAUAUUUUCCUUCAUUUUA